AUGUCUGGUGUUUGGGUAUUCAAGAAUGGCGUGGUUCGAAUAGUAGAAAACCCGGGGGACUGUCAAGGCUCCUCCAUUGGUCAUCGAAAAGUGCUAGUGCAUAUCUCUAGUAACGAAGUCAUUACAUCGUAUGCAGUUCUCGAAAGGAAACUAUCAUUGUUAGGGUGGGAGAGGUAUUAUGAUGAUCUUGAACUUCUGCAAUUCCACAAGAGAUCUACAGUUCACCUCAUUUCACUCCCCAAAGAUUUCAGCAAGUUUAAGUCCAUGUACAUGUAUGAUAUUGUGGUCAAGAAUAGAAAUGAAUUUGAAGUUAGGGACAUGGAGAAAAUUGUUUGCUUUUCUUAG